AUGUUGAGGGCCUUCGUAUCAGGCUUUGCUACAACUUUGCGCAAGUCACAGCACGGGAUGGGUGACGAGCGUGCUGUGGCCACCACUCCACACAUCCACGCAUCCACACGCCUAAUCCACCCAUUUUUGACCAUGGGGAUUUGGGGAAUGCGGGUCAACCUCAGUAAGCCCUGCAAAAGGCCGGCGAGGGUCGGCCGAGGGAGUUACGAGGCCUGGUAA